AUGGCUUCGCGCGAGAGCUUCGGCAAGAUUGGCUCGGACGACGAUUGGGAGGAGAUUGCCGACAACUAUUCCGUCAAGUCGCUAUCCUCCGACGACGAGGAAGACGAGAAGCCCGCCGCGUCUCCCGUCCCGACCCGAUCCAAAGUCGACUCUUCUCCUCGCAGUCAGACGUCUCCUACUCGACAUGCUCCUCAAGUCACUGCAAGCCACGAUGCGAACGAUGCGAACACGUCCGAUCUAGGACAUGCCCUAUCAAAGAUGGAUAUUGGCACUCAGUCUGCUCCUAGACCAACCAGCCCCGUGUCUGUCGACAAGGUGGCGGCGAUCAAGACCACGUCCGCAUCGAAGCCAAAGGCCCCGCUGCCGCCGACCCAGCAAGAUAUAAGACAACCUACCGCAUCGUCUCCCCGGGAAGACUCUCAACGACCACAAUAUCCCCGUGCCCCCACGUCAGGAAACGUCUAUCGAUACACGAAAGCGCCAGCCGCGGCGACAGAUAACGCCACCCUUUCCUCUUUCGCAUUCCCCGACGAAAAGACAAGACGUGCUUACAUGCUUGAAUGCGGUCCUCCAGCUCCUCUCCCUAAUCCUGCUCGAGCUCCGCGAAGUCGACCUACAGUAUCGAGCACAUCUGCCAUUCAACAUAAGAGACCAGAGGAUACCUUCACACCACAGUCCAAUGCCUCAAAGACAUCUGAUGUCAGCAAUGAAGCAACGUAUCCUAACCUGCCUUGCAAUGAUGCAACCCACGAGUUGGGCAGCUGGAAACAGUUAACAAUGGGCAAAAUCACUUCCGCUCCUCUCAAGAAUCUGAACCCCCAGGAGUCGGGCCCCAGAAAAGGCGCGAAAGGCGUGCCGAGAAUCGGCGACAUGUCAUUGAAAGGUUUUACUGAACAAGAGCGAAAGCCAAAAGAGAUGGUCUCGCAAUGCGGAGCGUCCUUUGGUGCAUCUACCCAUGACACGGCACCAGAAUCUCUUGGCGACACACUGGACCUCGACGAGACUUCCACAGAUCCCAUCGUCAUCGACAAUGCGCUACAGUCUCUUUCAAGAAUGCUGCGAGAUACCAGCCCGGCACUUUGCAUAAUGCAUCUGAAGCAUGCGACGAAGGUCCUCCCUGCUUGCAAGUCUCUCCUGGCUCAGGUUGAUAGUCUCACGCCCAUCCUUGCCGUCUACGCAGCAAAGUGCAAUCAACCCAUUACCACGGCGAGAGACGUCCCGUUGGAUGCUAGUCUGAUGAUGUGGAUAGCCUCACUGAGCCGCACUUUGUGGGAGAUUGGUUUUGAAUUCAAGAUCGUCGAGUCCAACAAUCCUGGCUCAAGCAGUCCAAAGCGUGCUCCUUCGCUUGAGACAUUGGUUGGUGAGCUUGAGAGCGCCGCGAAACAAAUGGAUGAAUUUCUCCCCAUCAUUCAAGCUGAUUUCGCCGAAUUUCAGAAGAAGCCAUGGUAUGUUUUCCCUGGUAUCACAGCGGCACCCGCACCCAAAUACGAGAUCGAAACUCCCAAUGACUAUCAACGACCUCGCACCCGGCAGACUAUGUAUGGCCUGAAAAAGGAACUGCAGCAUGCCAUUUCCAUCCUGAAAGACUGUCAGAGAUGGCUUCCCGACGCUGCCAAGGUUAUAGUGGGCGAUGUGACUAAUGGCAUGGGCAUUCUUUUCGAUGUCGUUGGCGGCAUCAUGGCCAGCAAUGGCCCGGCGUGGAUCGAAGGCCUUACAUCGGAGACUGGAAGGCCCAGACUCAUCAACCACUCCGAGUUCGGAAACCUGGAUCCCAUCGUAAUCGAGGACUACAGCGCUCGCAUCCAACAGAUUUGUGGCUUGGUUCACAUUGACGCCGCUGAGAGCCGUACGUGGUCCGAGGAAAUGAUUCGGGAGCAUCACGUCUGCAUGCUCAUCGAGCAGCAACAAAUCGACUCGCUGGAGCAUAUUGUUUCAGUCUUGAAGGGGAUGCUGCUUCGUUAA